AUGAGCGCCCGUGAAGAUACCAUCCUCCGUCCCAUCGAUCCCUCCAUCACCGACGAGAAUGACUGGCCAGACUUUGACCUGGUGGACGUCAAGGUCCUUCGGCCUGGGAAGAUGCUUUAUGCCAAUCUCCUCGAUGCUACGGAGCAGAAUCCGGUCCAGGUGAUUGGAUGCUUGGACUUGAGAGAGGAUCAAACACACCUACUGCUCGAUACAGACUCUGCGUCCAAACGCGUCAUCAUCGACAAUGUCACUCAUUAUGCAUACGGACAAACCGAGGAUCGGAGCAUUGAGCUCUGGGUGGCCGGCAAAGCGGGCUGGUACAACAUCUCACCAGCCAAGGGCUACGUUCCGACCUUCAAUCGCAUGGUUCAAGCUGUCGAUAUGCUAUAUUAUCUAACGGAUCAACACCAACACGGGAAGCGACAACUGAACCCAUCUUUUAAAAGCCUCUGCGAACAGGUCUGUUCCGUGACCCAGAUCUCUGACAAUGGGGAGAGGCCGAGAUUAACAAAAGCAAUAUAUUGUGAGACAAGGGAACAGGCUGCGGCUGUGUUUGCUGAUCAUGCACAAUUCCUCCUUCGACGAAUGAUCGAAGAUGAUGAUCCUGACGGGGUGGAAUGGAAGAGGACCAAUGUAUUUGUUCAUUUACGUCGCCAAUUCAGUGAUAUCUUCAACCACCUGAUGGAAGAGCGUUCACAAGAAUCCGCGGAUGAAACGGAGCAAAACGGCAUAGAGUCCUCCACCCCACGGCACGAUUCAGCGGCAGUAGCGAAGUCACAGGUGGCAACCAUUUACUCGAUGAUCCAGAAUCUGAAGGAUGAGGGACACCUUGCAAAGCGACGACUGCAUCUUGAUCUAUUGACGGAACGCUUGUCGGAUCGAUACUCUAUGAAUCGAGAGAACGCAAGCAGAAUGAUCGCCGCUAGAGCCGGUGCAGUGAUUGAAUUGUUGGAUGAAGAAGAUUGUCCGGGCUUCCGUUGGUCUCGCUAUGUGAUUUAUCGGGAGCUCACACAAGUUGCCGCACAAGAUCUUGUGCUUUCGGCCGAGCUUCUCAAUCCUUUAGAACCCCUUGAAGACUCGAGCGACGAUGAAGGCCUGCGACACACACAAAAAUCCGUUCUUCGUCCAAAGUUGAACUCUGCGGUUUCGGGAAAGUUGAUGGGGAAACGACACCGUAAUUCCGUCCUCAAUAAGGAUAUUGAAAUGAAAUUCCCUGGUCAGACGAAUGGUGGUGGCGGCGAUGACGAUGACGACGGUGACGAUAAUGAUGAAGAGAUGGAAGGGCCGGAAGACGUUGACACACCGAGCAAGGUUCGUGGACACGAACUAAUAAGGACGCCUCUUUCGAACGGAGGUUCUCGGGGUCGAACUCUGCUCCCGAAUACUGGAUCGGCAGCUUCGUCACUGUUGAGAAGUGUGCUCUCUUCCGAGCAUCACCAGGCACCGUCAUCGGCUACCAAGAAGAGCGAUGAUGGUUCUUCUUCACAUCCGCUCGCCGAAUUGAACAAAAUCUCAGAUAUAUGGUUUUGCCAGAUGCCCGGAUGCUCUAAGACAAUAUCCACCAAGGGAGAACAGCGUCAAACCGAUAUCGAAGCCCACGCCACAGAACACGACUGGGAGGCGCAGAUGCGCAUCGAAGUGAUUGAAACCGAGCGACGUAUGCAUGCCCGGAUGCCAGUGAGCAACCUCAUGCAAUAUUUGCUCAACCAGCACGUGGCGCAAAUGCGCUGUGCUUUUCCCGAAAAAUACCCGCCACAAGGGAGUGAAACUGAGAAGCAAGAAAAGUCAAAGGGCGGCGAAGACAUCAAGCACCAGGACAAAGGGUCCUUGUCGAACGGCCAACAACUUGAACAUGAGGUCCACGAAGGCAAUCAUGUAACGAACUGA